GGCCCUAGUGGGUGACCACCCCCUAACUGGGUGAACAGUGUGAGAGCAGUGGAUGAUCAUCUCCUCAGCUGGGUCCGAGGGGCACACACAGAGCGUGCCUCUCCAUUGGCGGGGCUCAUCAUGUGCCCCAAGAACUAAGAAUUUCAGUAGUAACUUUUCCAGUCUUUCUUUAGUGUUCACCGUAAGACUUUAAAUAGCUCCAGGAGAGCAGCUCUGUGGUUUUUUUGGUUUGUUUUUGUCUUUUCCUUUCUUGGCACCCGAAAUUCUCGGGAAUUUCGCUCACGUUCUCAGUGGUCCACUGUCAUCCUGCUCACACCUCCUCUAUCUGCUUCUUCACUCCUCACUGAUAUAAGCUUGAAAGUGUCCCAAAGCCAAGAGUCUAGGGCUCCAGACCGGCAUCAAGAUGGUGGGUGAGGGCCCAUACCUUAUCUCAGACCUGGAUCGGAGAGGCCAGCGGAGAUCCUUUUCCGAGAGAUAUGAUCCCAGCCUGAAAACCAUGAUCCCAGUGCGACCCUAUUCAAGGUUGGCGUCCAACCCCGUGGAUGAUGCUGGGCUGCUGUCCUUCGCCACGUUUUCCUGGCUCACACCUGUGAUGAUCCAAAGUUACAAGCACACGCUGACAGUGGACACCCUGCCCCCAAUAUCGCCAUAUGACUCCUCUGACAUCAACGCCAAGAGGUACCAGGGUCACCAAGGGAGUGGCACUGUGAACAGGGGAUCCCGAGGGUCCUUCCACUUGCUUCUGCUCCCCCUGCAGAAACUGACACCUAUACGAGCUUCUCUUCUCAGGGGCUGUUCAUUGUGGUGUGGGUUUGAAAUGCCUAUGCUUCUUGGCCCAGUCUAUGGGGAAGAUAUAAGAAAGAGAGAGAGAAAAUUGCUGGAAAAGGCUGGCUAUGUCCAAAGCGGAAACUCAGCCCUAGCUCCCAUCGUGUCCACCAUAGCCAUCGUGUCAACCUUCAGCUGCCACAUCAUCCUGAAACGCAAGCUCACUGCCCCUGUGGCAUUUAGUGUGAUUGCCAUGUUUAAUGUAAUGAAGUUUUCAAUUGCAAUCUUGCCUUUCUCGGUCAAAGCAGUGGCCGAAGCCUGUGUCUCUCUAAGGAGAAUGAAGAAAAUCCUCAUAGCUAAAAGUCCCCCAUCCUACAUCACCCAACCAGAAGACCCAGACACUGUCUUGCUUUUAGCAAAUGCCACCCUGACAUGGGAACAAGAAGUCAACAGGAAAAGUGACCCACCGAAGGCACAAGAUCAGAAAAGGAACAUUUUCAAGAAACAGAGGCAAGAGCUGUACAGUGAGCAAAGCCCAUCAGCUCAGGGAGUUGCUAGCCCAGAGCGGCAGAGCGGCAGCUCCAAGUCAGUCCUACACAACAUCAGCUUCGUGGUGCGGAAGGGGAAGGUCUUGGGAAUAUGUGGGAAUGUUGGAAGUGGGAAGAGUUCCCUCAUCUCAGCUCUCCUAGGACAGAUGCAGUUGCAGAAAGGGGUCGUGGCUGUCAACGGACCCUUGGCUUACGUUUCUCAGCAAGCAUGGAUCUUUCACGGAAACGUGAGGGAGAACAUCUUGUUUGGAGAGAAGUACAACCACCAAAGGUACCAACACACAGUUCAAGUCUGUGGCCUCCAGAAGGACUUGAACAGCCUGCCUUAUGGAGACCUGACUGAGAUUGGGGAGCGGGGUGUCAACCUCUCGGGGGGACAGAGGCAGAGGAUCAGCCUGGCCCGUGCUGUGUACGCCAACCGUCAGCUCUACCUGCUGGACGACCCGCUCUCGGCCGUGGAUGCCCACGUGGGGAAGUACGUCUUUGAGGAGUGCAUUAAGAAGACACUCAAAGGGAAGACUGUGGUCCUGGUUACUCACCAGUUGCAGUUCCUGGAGUCCUGUGAUGAGGUCAUUUUGUUAGAAGAUGGAGAGAUUUGUGAAAAGGGCACCCACAAGGAGUUGAUGGAAGAGAGGGGGCGCUAUGCAAAGCUGAUCCACAGCCUCCGAGGAUUGCAAUUCAAGGAUCCAGAGCGCAUUUACAAUGUAGCCAUGGUGGAGACGCUGAAGGAGAGCCCAGCUCAGAGGGAUGAAGACUCUGACUUGGCUUCAGGAGAUGUGAAAGACGAAGCAAAAGAACCUGAAACAGAAGAAUUUGUAGACACAAAAGCUCCCGUGCACCAACUUGUCCAGAUUGAAUCCCUCAGAGAAGGAAUCGUGACCUGGAAAACAUACCACACGUAUAUUAAGGCUUCUGGAGGGUACCUGGCCUCCUUCCUGGUACUGUGCCUCUUCUUCCUGAUGAUGGGCUGCUCUGCUUUCAGCACCUGGUGGCUGGGGCUCUGGUUAGACAGGGGAUCCCAGGCCAUCUGUGCGCCCCAGAGCAACGACUCAGCCUGCAGUGCCGAACAGAUCCUGCAAGACACCGAGCACCACAUGUACCAGUUGGUUUAUAUAGCAAGCAUGGUGUCUGUGCUGGCAUUCGGCAUCAUCAAAGGCUUUACCUUCACCAACACUACACUGAGGGCAUCCUCCUCGCUCCACAACAGGGUGUUCAACAAGAUCGUCAGGAGCCCAAUGAGCUUCUUUGACACAACUCCCACAGGCCGUCUGAUGAACCGUUUUUCUAAAGACAUGGACGAGCUGGAUGUGAGGCUGCCGUUCCACGCCGAGAACUUUCUGCAACAGUUUUUUAUGGUGGUGUUUAUUCUGGUGAUUAUGGCUGCAGUGUUUCCUGUGGUCCUUCUGGUUCUGUCCGGCCUGGCUGUAAUCUUCUUCAUUCUUUUACGCAUUUUUCACCGAGGAGUCCAGGAGCUCAAGCAGGUGGAGAACAUCAGCCGGUCCCCGUGGUUCUCUCACAUCACCUCCUCCAUGCAGGGUCUGGGUGUCAUCCACGCCUACAACAAGAAGGAUGAUUGCAUCAGCAAGUUUAAGAUACUAAACGAUGAAAACUCCAGCCACCUCCUGUACUUCAACUGCGCCCUUAGGUGGUUUGCUCUCAGAAUGGACGUCCUCAUGAACAUUGUCACCUUUGUUGUGGCCUUGUUGGUGACCCUGAGUUUUUCUUCAAUCAGUGCUUCAUCCAAAGGCCUGUCAUUGUCUUACAUCAUCCAGCUCAGUGGACUGCUUCAAGUGUGUGUGCGAACGGGGACAGAGACCCAAGCCAAGUUCACCUCUGCAGAGCUGCUGAAGGAGUACAUUUCGAGCUGUGUUCCUGAACACACACACCCCUUCAAAGUGGGGACCUGUCCCAAAGACUGGCCGAGCCGUGGGGAGAUAACUUUCAAGGACUAUCAGAUGAGAUACAGAGACAACACCCCUCUUGUUCUUGAUGGGCUGAACUUGAACAUCCAGAGCGGGCAGACCGUUGGGAUUGUGGGAAGAACAGGUUCUGGAAAAUCAUCACUGGGCAUGGCCCUGUUCCGUCUGGUGGAACCUGCCUCUGGUACCAUCUUCAUUGACGAGGUGGAUAUUUGCACUGUGGGUCUGGAAGACCUCCGCACCAAGCUCACCAUGAUCCCCCAGGAUCCUGUCCUGUUUGUAGGUACAGUAAGGUUCAACUUGGAUCCCUUGGGGAGUCACACCGAUGAGAUGCUCUGGCAUGUUUUGGAGAGAACAUUCAUGAGAGACACAAUAAUGAAACUCCCAGAGAAAUUACAGGCAGAAGUCACAGAAAAUGGGGAAAACUUCUCAGUAGGGGAACGCCAGCUGCUUUGUAUGGCCCGAGCACUUCUCCGUAAUUCAAAAAUCAUUCUCCUUGAUGAAGCUACUGCCUCCAUGGACUCCAAGACGGACACCCUUGUUCAGAGCACCAUAAAAGAUGCCUUCAAAAGCUGCACAGUGUUGACCAUCGCCCAUCGCCUAAACACGGUUCUCAACUGUGACCUUGUCCUGGUCAUGGAAAAUGGGAAGGUGAUUGAGUUUGACAAGCCUGAAGUCCUUGCCGAGAAGCCUGACUCUGCAUUUGCGAUGUUACUAGCUGCAGAAGUUGGACUGUAACGUCCCGUGGUUGAUUGGAGAGGAGGCCAUGGAUGAGUGACAGUAGAAGCCUGAAGGCAGUGUCCUGCGGCCCUGGCCACAGCCCCUCCCACCCACUGAGCUGGGUGAGCUGGGGCUGAAAUGUGUUCCUUGCUCUUCUGGGUACCUCGGCCACCUCCCUUGGCAGACUCAGGGCUAGUUCUGGAUGGUGAAGAGUGUAGACAAAGCCUGGUGGGUUGAGAGCUGCCUUUCACCUCUGAAAACCCCAAGGAUCCCUCAUGUGUCCCCACCAAUACUACAUAAUGCCUGAGAAUGGGAACAUUCUAACUUUCAGUCAAAAACCAGUCAAAGCAAACAAGAUGGAGAAAUGUUCAAGGCUGGAAGUGACAGGAUUCCUCACUUUUGUUACCAGACAAGGAGAGAGAAGGGUUUUCUUUCUGCUUAGCUUCAUUUCAAUUUUAGCUGACGAUAUGAUAAGCAGUAACCUCACAGAUCUACAGCAUGGAAGACUGAUGAUAGUGUUUGGCAUGAGAUUUUAUUUUCAAAGAAAUCAUAUUGUAUGUUACAGUUGAUCUAUUAAAAGACCCAGAAAGCAAAACACUGGGGUUUCUGAAUAAAUGACAUUUUUAUAUCUUCUUUAUCAGUCAUUAAAAUGCGAUA